AUGACGGAGACGCAAUUAGCCAGCUCCCGCACCACGGAGGAACCCACUGCCAAACAAGGCACGGAAGCGGGAACCUCUGACACAUCGGCGAACCGGUCUCACACACCUAAUGCUGCACCCUGCACCAAGAUGGCGACACACCGCACCACGACCAGCAAUGAAGACACGGCACUACAUGCGGACAGCCGAUCAGCGACGGAGCUCCUCUCAGCUCACAAAACGCUACAGCACAUCGGAGAAGCGAGAGCCCACCUGACACCACUACUUUGCCACCUCCUUUCUGGUUCUCUCCAUGCAGCGAAGGACUCUACAACCCAGCCUCGAAAUGGAGUGGGCUGA